GAAUCAGCUCCAUUUCCGACCCGAAAAAAAAGAGUAAACUUUCCGAUGUCUUCACCUCCACCGGACGCCGGAACAGUCGCCGCCGUCGCCGUCCGACCGUGGCCGUUAUUCAUAGAUAUAGCCGCCCUCAGCCUCCCAAUCUCAGUAUCCGACGCAACUUAUCGGAUCAAUAAAAACCUCCGCUACUUCGCGGGUAAUUACGCGCUAAUCAUCCUCUCUAUCCUAUUAAUCUCCUUAAUUGUCCGGCCAAUUUUACUUGUGUUGUUCCUAAUCAUCUUUGUCGGUUGGAUUUACCUUUACUUCUCUCGUAAUGAACCUUUGGAGCUGUUCGGUUUCGAUAUCGAUGAUAAGUUCGUGUUAGGGUUUUUGACUUUGGUGACUCUUGUUGCCUUGCUGGUUGCUAAAAUUUGGAUGAACAUCUUCGUCUCGAUUGGCUUUGGAAUUGUGAUUAUGUGUGUUCACGGUUCACUUAGGGCUCCGGAAGAUCAGGAGGAUUCGCCGUAUGGUGCUUUGCUAUCGGAGAGUCCGAGAGGAAAUUAUUCUAUCGUUUGAGUUUCAUGAUUGAUGUAGGUAAAUUGUUUUCCUCAUCGGGAUGUGGUUGAAUUGUAGGAAAAACUUGAGUUGAUUAUUGUAACUAGUAUUGUUCAAUUGAUGAAAUUGGUUUGAUGAAGUUCUCAAAAUGCAGAGAGUUGAAUAUAUGAAAAUUGCGGAUUUUAUCUU